GAAGAAGAAGAAGAAGAAGAAGAAGAAACAACUUUGUGGUUUUGGAACAUGAAGAAAUGGAGAAUUGGAGAUAGAACGAGGUAGCUAACGAGAAAAGUAUAUGGGGUUUCAAAGCGUUGUUGGUCUAAAAUGUAUGGGCCACCUAUUAAUAAACAUCGGAGGACAUCCUUCAGCUGGUGACAGGCCACACUAACCAUGGCAUUGCUCUGGAGUCACUUGACUGUGGUGCUCCUACUGUCCCAAGCUUGGGCCUUUCUGCAUACACAAGAGGAGGACAUCGUCCCAGAGGAGUGGGUCCUCCUUCAUGUGGUGCAGGGGCACAUUGGAGCAGGGAACUACAGCUACCUGAGGCUGAACCAUGAUGGCAAUAUCAUCCUGCACAUGCAGAGCCUCAAAGGCGAUGCCGACCUGUAUGUCUCCGAUAAAACUCUACACCCCAACUUUGACACAUACAAACUCCAGUCGGUCACAUGUGGACAGGAUGUGGUUGUGAUACCUGUGGACUUUGUACGCCCUGUGGGUAUUGGGAUCUACGGGCACCCGUCUCACCAAGAAAGCGAGUUUGAAAUGAAGGUGUUCUAUGAUCAGACGAUCCCUGAAGACCCUUUUGACAAGAGCUCAUACCCCUCAGAAGAGGGGGGCAAGCAAAAGAGGCAUCCACAGGUGUCUGAAGAGGACUAUCAGGAAGACGAGUCUAUCUUGUGGACCAUUCUGAUUGGUAUUUUGAAGAUAGUGCUUGAAAUUUUGUUUUGAAAACUUUGCCUUCAUCUGUUCAUCAUCUCAUCUGUGGAGAUAAAUUACUGCAAUUAACAAUGAGAAAAAUUGGAGUCAAACUGUGACAUUGAUUGGAGUUAAAAUGCAGGGACCAAUUACGGACACAAAGAGAAUUUUAAUGAAAUGCUAUUUUGAGAAUUUAAUUAAAUAGUUUGUUUUAUAGAGACAUUUAAGAUUCUGCAGGAGAAUACACCUGAAUCAAAUACUUUCACAGAAUCAUGUGUAGUGUUCACCACAGCCAAACAAUGGUCUGCUUUUUUCCCCCAAGCAAAUCUCAGAUUUUACCCACCCCUGGUAUUAGUACUGUAUAUUUGGUUUCCAUGCUCCAUGUUAAAACCACACUUCUAAGCCUGUACUAUGCAAAAAAAAAAAAAAAAAGUAUCAGUAUAGAGCAGAGAUGUGCUUUAGUGCCUUUGAUCGAUUUCUUUUUUGAAUGUAAAUGUAAUUAUAUCGUCAUACACAAUCAUUUCAUCAGAAAAUACAGAAGGGAAAUCCAGAUGUUUAAAUGUAAUGUAAGGAUGUGGCCCUUGAGAUUAACAGUCAAAUGUGUAGCCAGGUUCACGGCAAAAUCACAUUUGUUGGUGUUGUUAGUUUGUAGCCAUAAAUCACAUUUUCAGUUUGUUGUCUGUGCGUGCUACAGGAGCAGAAACUUUGACCUGUGAUGCUGUGAUGUGUGCAUAUUGUUGGCAAUGGAAGGCCAUGGAUUUCCAGAUGCUAACCACUUUGAUGCUAUGUUGUGUUCUCCAUUCUUCCUCAUGCUACCAUGUCAACAAAUGAACAAACAAAAGUGGUUGAAUUGACAUUGGGGAGUAUUUUUUGACAGGAACACAUGGCUAGAAUGGUGCCAAUCCCCACCCCCUUCACUUUUAGCCCAUGCAACAUUCAUAAAUUGUGAAGUCUGUCAAGGUGAGGUAUUCGUUUACCUUCCUGACAGGGCCAAGCCACCUCUAGUGGCCUGUAUAUGUCAGGUGGUGCACUGCCAGUGUGAUACAGCUGCUGCUGCAGCAGCUUUAUUUCAAUUAUGAAACCCAGCAGAGCCCAAGCAGAGCCUUGUACUAUACGCAUCCAUAGACAUUGAUAAAUAUGGUGUUUUUGUUUUUUUUAGGCAAGGAUCUUCAACAUGGUUUUUAUUAAAUCACUUGAGCAUGAUAUAGUUUAUUGUAAAUGUCAUGUCAAAUGCUUUUCUGUUCAUUUUGACAUUUUGCACUGUUUUCUGUUGGUCUUAAUCUCAGGGUCAUGAAAUUGACUUCUGUCUUUUUCAAUUAUUAAAAGGUACAAAUGUAAAUAAAUUCACUAAAUGUUUUUAAGGAUUUCAUAAAUUUCCUUAUGAAUAAUGACCCAGGGUGCUGUCCGCAAAAUUUGUUGGAUAAUGCUGAAAUAAAAUGUUUUUUAGACUGUGA